CGCUACCACGUCCGCCCGCACGGCCAUUUUGGAGUGGCGGUGGCUCGUGAAGGCGAAGCCUUUGGCUCGUUGCGCGAUAUUCCUUUAGAAACCCCCAUUUCUUCCUUCCUUCCCCCUACAUCGUUUAACAACUAGAACAACAACGACAACGUCGUCGUCUUGGAGAGGGCAACCAUGACGCAGUACCUCCCUCCGAACCUGCUCGCGCUCUUCGCGCCCCGCGAUCCGGUGCCGUUCCUGCCGCCGCUCGCCAAACUCCCGCACGAGAAGGUGCACAGGCAGCCCUACUCGGGCAUCGCGGUCUACGUGCAUCUCUUCGAGGAUCCAAAAGAUGCACCACCCCCAACCAGAGCCGAGACGAAAGAAGAGCGAAUGGAGAGGAAGAGACGUGAGAAAAUUGAAAAGCGGGCACAGGAAAUUGAGGAAGAGCUGAAAUUAUGGGAUGCUCACACCGACACAAAUGUCCAGGGAGAUGCGUUCAAGACCCUGUUUGUUGCACGCAUUAACUACGACACUUCAGAAUCAAAGCUGCGGCGAGAGUUUGAAGUGUAUGGACCCAUCCGAAGGAUCACCAUGAUUUACAACAAGGUGUCUGGAAAGCCUCGAGGGUAUGCCUUCAUUGAGUAUGAACAUGAGCGGGACAUGCACUCUGCGUACAAACAUGCUGACGGCAAGAAGAUCGAUGGAAAACGAGUUCUGGUCGAUGUUGAGAGAGCUCGCACUGUGAAGGGAUGGCGCCCCCGUAGACUUGGUGGAGGGCUUGGUGGCACCCGCAGAGGAGGCUCUGAUGUCAAUAUUAAGCACUCUGGUCGUGAUGAUAUGCGCCACAGUGAAGAAGGCACAAGGGAACGAGAUCGCGGAGAGCGAGAACGAAGAGAGCGGAGCCACGAACGUGUUCGCGAGCGCGACGGGGAGCGGGAACGCCCCGAGAAGAGCAACACUCGAGAGCGUGACCCUCCACGCGAGCGAGAGCGCGACGCCCCCCGCGAACGGGAUGCUACACGCGACCGUGGUGGCGAACGGGAUAGGGAUAGAGAUCGGGAGCGGCGACGCAGGUCCCGCAGUGGCGGGGCUCGCGAGGGCCGGGAGGAGCGCAGCAAGGAUCGUGAUCGUAAGAGGCGCAGCCGCAGCCGUGACAGGAAGCGAGAGGAGAGACCGGAGGGCGAGGUGGGCGUAGAGGAAGGGCACGCCGGAGACUUGCCGCACGAGGGAGCGGACAACAAGGAGAAUUUUGCAGAAGGCACCGAAGGCAAGGCAGAGAUCGUGGGUGAGGAGGGAGGCAGGGAGCGCGAUAGGGAGCGCGAUCGCGACAAAGAUCGAGACAGAGAGCGAGAGCGUGGCGAAAAGGGUCGCGAUCGUGAGCGAGAUCGCGAUCGCGACAGGAAGCGCGGUCACAAGGACAAAGACAAGGAGAGAGACCGCGAGAGGGAUCGCGAGAGAGGUGGAGGCGACCGUGAGCGUAGGCGUGAUAGGGAUCGGGACCGGGAGCACAGGCGUGAUCGCGAUCGCGAGCGGGGCAAGGAUGCCAAAGAGGAGAAUGGUCAGGCAGCCACAGGUGGUAGUACUCAGGAAGCGGAGCAAAAUGAUGAGUCCAUGCAGUCUGAGCCACCCACUGAGCCAUCGCAGGAUGGCUACCAGCAGGUGGAUAAGUUCAUGACCGAAAAUUACUAGAAUGACAUCGUCGAGAGCAAUAUAGCAAGUGAGAUUCCAAACAAUGUUCACAUUUGUGAUGGUUAUACCUUAAUGUCAUGAGUGUGCCAAUAAUUCUGAAGUGCUUGUUAUGUUCAAGAGUAAUGCAUAUUGUUUUACUCCACUACAUAGAGGUACAGGUAAGUUAGAUGUCUUUUUAAAAUGACUUCAUAAGGAAAUGUACAUGUUCCAAUUGGCUAGGUUUUGUUUUUACUUUGUUUUGUCAGUAUGCAAUGAUAACUGCUUGUUGGUGGUGUAUUUGAUUUUUUUCAUUUUCUGGAUUAGUGUUUUCAAUAAAAGCUCACGCAAAAAUGUGCUCCUGUAUUUUAAAUUAUAGUUGGUAGAUGCUGAUAUAUAAAUGAAACUGUUCGUUGCUGUUCUGCGGAGUGCUACAGCUUUAAUAAACUGAAGAAAAUUGUG